AUGAGAGCAAACUAUCAAAGUCAUAAGCCUGAGGCGGCUUUGCAACGAGCUCAUGAAUUUAUUUCUGUUGGGAAACAACGAGAUGCGCUUCAAUCGCUUCAUGAUUUAAUCAAGGGUCGUCGACAAAAGCAAUGGUCACAAAUAUACGAACAAAUUAUGCUUAAAUAUGUUGAGCUUUGUGUUAACCUACGCAACUCAACUCUGGCAAAGGAUGGACUUUAUCAAUACAAAAUAUUAACUCAACAGGUUGCUGUAAAGUCGCUUGAGACUGUUCUUGAAACUUUCCUUACUCUUGCUGAGCAAAAAACUUUGGAAGCUCAAAAAUCUUCUAUUGAAAAAAUUGAAGAAAUUGAUGAUCUUGAUGUUGCUGAUGCUCCAGAGAACUUGUUGUUGUCGUUUGUCUCUGGCGCUGUUCCACAGGAUCGAAUGGACCGCACAGUUCUCAGUCCUUGGCUUCGUUUUCAAUGGGAUACUUUUCGCAAUUGUCUCGAUUUGUUGCGUAAUAACGUUUAUGUUGAACAAAUUUAUCAUCAUAUUGCUCGUCAAUCUUUUGCUUUUUGUCUUCAAUACCAGCGGCGCAAUGAAUUUCGUAAACUUUCGGAUAUGUUACGCCUUCAUCUUACACAAGUUCAAAAAGCUCAACAGGCGCAAACAAUUCCAGCUCACGCGUCUGCUUAUUUUCUCUAAAUUUCUAUUAAAUUUUGAUUUUA